CUAAGCUGUGCAAGGUUUUUUUUUUUCCCCCUUUUUUCUUUUUCCCUUUUCUUUUUUUCUUUCUUUUACCUUUUUUUCUUCUUUAUUUUCUUCUUUCUUUCUUUUUUUUCCCCUCCUUUUCUUUAAGGUGGGGAAAGAGACAAACAGGAGACAGGAAGCUGAUCUACCAGGAUUCCGAGUUGUGUUUAAAAGGACUUUGAUUUUUUUUUUUUCCCUUUACAAACGCUGGCAAUUGACAUCACUACAGACAGCCUGGUUAGAGGAAAACUGCCUCAUCCCAAGUGGAGCCCGGCAGCUGUGGGAAGGCAGGCAAGAGCUGGGGAGGCUGUGUGGGAUUUUUUUUUUCUCCUACGGAUCCCCCUCCUUCUUUUUUAUUUUUCCUUCUGGUGUGUUUCUUUUUUAAAAUUCUUGCUGUGUUGGAACUAGCGAGUGGUUGUGGAAGACGAGGAAUCGCUGAAGUCUCAUCAGUCAUCCGGACUGUCAGGAAUAGUGGUUUAAGAGGAAGCUCGGCCUGGGGCACUAUACCCUGUCAUCCAGUUCCCUGCCUCGGAGAUAAAGAUUCAGCUACAUGGGCAAACGCUUGGAUCAGCCACAAAUGUACCCCCAGUACACUUACUACUAUCCUCAUUAUCUCCAAACCAAGCAGUCCUAUGCACCAGCUCCUCACCCCAUGGCUCCUCCCAGCCCCAGCACAAAUAGCAGCAGCAACAACAGCAGCAACAACAGCAGUGGGGAACAGUUGAGUAAAACCAACCUGUACAUACGAGGCCUUCCACCAGGCACCACUGACCAGGACCUAAUCAAGCUAUGCCAACCGUAUGGAAAAAUUGUAUCUACAAAGGCAAUUCUUGACAAAAACACAAAUCAGUGCAAAGGUUAUGGUUUUGUAGAUUUUGACAGUCCUGCAGCUGCACAGAAAGCAGUAGCAUCACUCAAGGCAAAUGGGGUGCAGGCACAGAUGGCCAAGCAACAAGAACAAGACCCAACAAACCUCUACAUCUCUAAUCUCCCCAUUUCUAUGGAUGAGCAGGAGCUUGAGAAUAUGCUGAAACCCUUUGGACAUGUCAUUUCCACAAGAAUACUGAGAGAUGCUAAUGGUGUCAGCAGAGGUGUUGGCUUUGCCAGAAUGGAGUCUACUGAAAAAUGUGAAGUGGUAAUUCAACACUUUAAUGGAAAAUACCUGAAAACACCACCAGGCAUCCCAGCCCCUAGUGAGCCUUUACUGUGCAAAUUUGCUGACGGAGGACAAAAGAAGAGACAGAAUCAAAGCAAAUAUACCCAGAAUGGAAGGCCUUGGCCCAGGGAAGGAGAGGCUGGCAUGGCCCUGACCUAUGACCCCAGUGCUGCCAUUCAGAAUGGAUUUUAUUCUUCACCGUACAGUAUUGCAACCAACCGCAUGAUUCCACAGACAUCUAUCACGCCAUUCAUUGCUGCUUCCCCUGUCUCUACAUACCAGGUCCAGAGUACUUCAUGGAUGCCUCAUCCGCCAUACGUUAUGCAACCAACAGGUGCUGUGAUCACACCGACAAUGGACCAUCCUAUGUCAAUGCAGCCAGCAAACAUGAUGGGCCCCCUGACACAACAGAUGAAUCAUCUUUCAUUGGGCACAACAGGAACGAUUCAGUCCCAAGACAGGAUUAUGAUACUCCACCAGCUGUUGUGUCAGUAUAUGACUGCUGCCGCGCCUAUGCAAGGGACCUACAUUCCCCAGUACACGCCUGUGCCUCCGACAGCUGUUUCUAUUGAAGGUGUUGUUGCUGAUACCUCUCCCCAGACAGUGGCACCUUCAUCCCAGGACACCAGUGGUCAGCAGCAACAGAUAGCAGUGGACACAUCCAAUGAACAUGCACCUGCAUAUUCUUACCAACAAUCUAAACCAUAAACAAGACUGAAGAAUGUCUGUCUGAAACUUUGCCUUGAAUGAAGAAACUUCAUUGAACAAGAAGUUGGCUUCCAGUUUGCACAGACGUCAAUGGAAAGCUUUUUUUUUUUUAAUUUUUUACUUUUCCCAGUGAAAACUAAAUGUUUUUAUGUGCUGUGCAAAUGGUUCCUUCAUGUGGUCUGACAGUUCAUUUUUGCCUUCUUUUUUUUAUUAUUAAAGAAAAAAAAUCCCAGAAGAGGGAAAAAAAAAACAGCAAAACAAAAGAUGGAGGGUUGAUAUUUUAUCUGGAAGAACAUUUGACUUCAGAAGUUACCUAAAGGUGUAGAUAAAUUUCUUUCUUUUUUUUUUUAAGAGAAAAUCUGAUGUCAAGAGAUGGGCAAAAAGAAAUGGAAACAAAUGGUCUUCCUAAGUAAUUAAAGUACUCUUCCUUUUUUCUUCUUGUUUAAGUCUAGUGGGUUGGGUAUUUUUUUUUCCUCUUAGAAAUAUUUAGGUAAGGUUUAUCUUGAAUCUUAAUUGCCUUAAUUUUAAGGACGUCAAAAGCUCUCUAGGCAAGCUGUCAACGUCUUGUUUAAAAAGAAAUAUCAAGAAAGAAUUGAAAUAUUGUGCCGGCUUUAACUGGUACAGAAGUUUAAGACUAUGCGUUUUUAGGGUGAAAAAAACUGUACAGUCUAAAAGAAAAUGUUUUUUCUUCAUUUGAAGAAAAUUUGUUGAUAAAAGAAACCAUGGAAACUGCAAGAAUUGAGAAAAUGCUGGGACUUUUCAUGAACUUUGUCUUAAGUGUUGAAUCAUUCUAGAAGGCUAAAACAUUUUAUGGUAAAGUUAUUAAUGUUGGUUUUAAAACAACUGCAUUAGAAAUAAUGCGUGUUUGGGGGGCAGAAUGCAGAUUUUUUUAAUUUACGAAGCGUGACCGAUCGCUAGCAAAAGCAUUAGUGCUUUUUAUCUGCAGUCUUUUUUAUGAGCUUUACAAAGUUUUUAGUCAGCUUUGCUUGUCACAUUGCAAAACUUAGCUUAAGAGCAUUAAAAAAAACUUAAGUAGAUAGGAGCUUAUGGUCAAAAAGUGCAAAAAAAACAAAAAAAAACAAACAAAAAAAGAGCAAUAGAUAGAGAAAUUGUUGACAAUUUCUGUAGUCUUUCCUAGUUGUGAUCAAAUUCAGCCUAUGGAUGGCCUAUUUUAUACCAAAGAUGAAGUGGUACCCUAUUGCAGUCCAGAAGAUGAGGUUGUUUUUCUUUUCUUCCUCUUCUUUUAAAAGUUUUAUUUGAUCUACAUGGCCGGACCAGUUCUUACAUUGUUAUUUGUUUAAACUACCUUCCACUGGUGUUUUACAUACUGCAAAAAAAAAAAGAGUUGCUUUUAAAUGAACAUUUGUUCAUAACAGAAUCUUGCAUCUGCUGUGUUCAGCAGUUUCAGUAUGAAGAGUUCUGGAUAUCAAUGGAGAGUCAAAUGAUGCAUUCUGUGAGUUUGUCUGGUUCCUUGCUUGCUCUCUUGUAUCGUGAAACCCGCAUUGAAGGCCAUCAAUAAGCUGAGACUCUUGUUUAACAGGUUGAAAUUUCUUUAUGUGAAUUUUGUACUCACGACACUUCCUGAACCUGGCCUGAAAGGUCACUUGUCAACAAAGCUUAGUGAUACUCGUUAAGUGGUGAGUGGUUUCCUGAAAAGGUCCCAUUGUAUCUGUAAGAUAGUCUUCUUUCUAAAUUUCAGCACCUCUUAGUUCUGUCUCUCCACCUCAGUCUUUGUCAUUAUUCACCAUACAGAGCAACUUUGAUUUUAAUUAGGUAGAGUAUACCUUCUUUUUUGCCUCCUUUCAUUGCAUCUCAUAUUCUAGUGUUGUCAGAAGAUAAAUUAUGCCAUUUUUUUUACACUUAAGUUUAACUCUCUGAGGCAAAUAGGAUCAAUAAGAUUGAGAGUUCUAUUCGUGGAAUUUAGGUAAGCUUUUAAAAUGCUUGGUGACAAUCAAGAAAUUAUAUCAUUUAUGUAAUAAGAACCAAAAUAAUUAGGUUGGUCGAUCAUUAACACCAAAGGAGAUAUAAUUGCAUUGAAGAUGAUGCAGCACUUUGAAAUGAGUGAAAUUGACUUGACAAACAUCUUCCUCAUAUUUGAUUCAUGAAACCCAUGUUGCAUCGAUACAGUUUUACCUGAAAUUAAGGGCAAUGAAACUGUUAAUUGAACCAUACCCAAGAAUUUCUUUCUGGAUGGCUCAUGGAGUUGAGCAGGUGACCAUCUCUUCACAGAAUAAUCACAGAACCCUGUCUGUCCAGAAGGAAGAAGGGAAUACAUUAAAUACAUUGUAAAAGAAAACAGGGUAGGUUUUAAAAACAGGUUAAAAGGUAAAUGAUAUUCCCAUUUGGACAUCAGUCAAGAGUUUGACUCAGAUGCAAUUGCCAAUAUUCCACUAUUAUGGCCUUAAAUAAAGGCCCAGUGUUCAAAUAGACUCAAUUCUCUUCUUUGAAAUUAAGAAUUUCAAAUCUUGAAGAUGCUACAUCUUUAUGGUUUAUGAGACAAAUUUGUAUCCAAGAAAAUGUGGGAUGUGCUACAGAGAAAUUCAAAUUGGUCGUAUCCAUCCUUAUGGUUUUUUUUGUGUGUGUGUACUUUAGGGAGAAUUCUAGCUUUGUACUUUCUUCUGUUCCAUCCUUCAGUUUCUUACAUGUUUUACGGAUUGUUAGUUAAGUUCUAUCUUUGAGAAGUCAGCCCCUAAGUUAAUGGGGGAAGGUACAAGCAAACAUGUAUGGAAGCUGUAUUUUCUGUUCUCUUUUUCAUCUCUGAACUCUUUGUAUAAAUAAGGAUUAUCCUGGGCAUAAUUCAUUUGAAUAUGAAAUCAACAUGCUUUCUUUUGUUUCUGUAAAAAUUUUAAUGUGAUACAAAGAAAGUCUCAUUUAUACAGUCAACAAUGAGGCUAAGAGGUAGCUACCAUGUGGCUAUUGAGUGUGCCUAGGUAACUUCCUUUUUUCUAACCAAACUACUGCUUUAUUUAUACAUUCAGGAACAUUUCUUUCAACUAUAAAAUUUCAAUGUUCUAAAUUUUUUUAAGCCAAUGAAGGCAAAACAAAUUUAUUCUGCCUGUCAUUUUAAGUGUCUAUGUGUGCUUUGUGUUUGCAGUUUUAUAUUAUGUCAUUCUAUAAAAUAUUUUUAAUCAAAAAAGAAAAAAAAAGAAAAGAUGGCACAUCAAAACUUGCUCCCUUUUAUGUUAUCCUACUUUAAAAACAAUGUUUUUUUUUUUCAGUCAAGUCUGAGCGGGGUAGGGGAAAGGGAUUCACAAAUAAGCAACAUAUUGUAUGAAAAUAAAACAAAUCAAAAUACCUGUCCAUUAUGUGCAAACAUGCAUAUAUUGAUAUGCAGACAUCAGAAUUUCAACUUAAUCAGCUAUGUGUGACACACUGGGUGAUUUUAAUCCUAUUUAGGACUAUAAUCAUUUUAAAAAAAGUGUUUGUGGCUUACCAGGUUGUCAAGUUUUUAUUCAGAUGUCUCAAAAUUGCCCUUCAAUUUUAAUUGCCAAGACUUAGCUUGGUAAUUAAACAAACAAAAACCACAAUCCCGAUGUGAUAAACACUCUCUGACCCAUACUCUAGUUAUAGCAUUAGAACAGGAGUCGGGUUUUCUUUCAAUAGUGACAAACUGUAAUCAGGUGAGUGAGUCAAAGUAUGUUUAGUGACCAAGAGCUCCUGUAUUCUUAUGGUUGGCCAUGUGCCCAUUCAGGUAUUCUUAAUGUCGGUGGCCAGGUGGCCAUGUCAUCUUCUGAAGACUUCACAGAACCCAAGUGAACUGAAGGCAACACUAACAGAGACAUAUUGGUGACUGUCCUUAAUAUUGGAAUGUCUUGAAUAUUGCAGGUGACAUUUUCUGGGAAAAUAAGUAGAGACAACCAUCUCAAACACUCAACAAUGUUCUCCCUGACUCAAGUUUCACCAGGGUUACUGUAUUUCCUGGAUAGACUUCAGUCUCUCACAUAUUGUCUUUGUGCUUCAUCCGAAUCAAUUCUUCCUGUGACCUUAAGUGAUAUGUAACAUUUGACAGCAUAUACAAUUCACUGCCUUGCCUAUGCCCUCUUAAUGGAAACUCCAUGGUCAUCAAAGUACUCAGAUAAGAAAGGCAGGCUGAGAGUCAGAGACCUGAUGGAGCAGGUUUUUCCCUGUACUGCAGAGUACAAUGAUGCUUGUAAAACUUCAAAAAAAUCAUUUUUAAACUGAUUUAUCAUCCCUCUCAAAGAAUAUAAUGUCCCCCAGUAUUUAUUUAAAUAAUCAGGAUGUCUAUUACAUACCCAUGCAUUUUUCACAGUAACCCAAAAAUCCCUUUAAUGAAAAGAGAGAUUUUAUUUAAGUAAAACCUUUGCAGUUUUUAUUACUGAGGGGUUUCAAGGGGCUGUCUAGACAGAUUAUACUGCUAGUUGAAGACUAAAAGUACAUCAGAUGAUUCAGUCUCAUUUUUAAUUUCAAUGCACAAACCUCUGCAGGUGAGCCGAUAAGCAGAGAGAAAAUUUUAAAUGGGUUUUAGUGAAGUGUCUUUAUAUGAUUUUAAAUCAAGUGAAAGGACAUUUAUGUACAUGUGGAACAACCACCAGUGUGUGAGAAAUCAUACUCCGUAGAAGCUCGUCUACACUAUCUUGUCCACGGUUCAAUUUAAGAAUAAGAUCUUGUUUUUUAUGUGUUAUUAUAGCUAACAUGCUUUGAAAUUCUUACAUCGCUGGUUCUGACUGAUUAUCACUCUAAUCUGAAAGAUUGAUCAAAUUUAAACAGAUUCAUUGAUUAUGACAGAUUGAAUAAUGGCAUUUCAUUAAUAAACCUUUAUUCACAAAUGACAUCCACUAUGGCUAUGGAUGACAGUUGAAUCUUACUUAAAUCAGGCAUUUCUUGAAAAAUAUUCUUAAAUAUAAAAUUGGUCCUUUAAUCUAAAUUUCCUUGAUAAUGAAUGUUCUGUGUGGAUUAGAUAUAGGCCACUAAAUAUAAAAGCUAAAUAGGAAAUAUCACUAAGUAGUUUCCCAGGUUCAUUAUGUCUUUCUCCCCUCCUUUCCUCUGGUUUUAUAGUCCAAUACAUUCUCAUCAUCAUCAUCAUCUCUCUCUCUCUUUCUCUCUCUCUCUCUCUCUCUCUCUCUCUCUGUCUCUCUGUCUCUGUAUCUCUUUGACUCUCUCUGUCUCUCUGUCUUCCCCUCUCACACUCUCAUACACAUGCUCAUAAAGGAUGACUUUUUUUAUUUCUGGAAGAGAAAAUUAUGUUUCAAGAGAAGCUUCCUUCACUCAGGAAGCUAUAAAGCUGAGACAGCAGAGAUAAAGCUUAGAAUUUGCAGGAAGAACCACUAGGUCAUUGAGUCUCAUUUUUCUUGUGUUGUAGUCAUCCCAGUUAGUAACUGCCCAGAUUACUGAUAUUUCAGAAAUACAGUCACUCUCCAUUUUUGAAGGGCUAAUAAUCUUUUUUUUUGUAUGUACUUGUUUUGUCUUUUAUUUUCAACUAUCAGGUCUUGGGUCCUGAUUACUUGUGUUAGCAUAUUCAAUCAAAGGCUAGGCAAAAUAAUGAAAAAUAAAAUUCAUAUAAUUCUCCCAUUUCUUAUUAAGUUUUAAACCAUUUGAGGAAUUUAAACAGCUGAUAAAAUUAAUGUCUGCAUUGUGUACAAUGGCUUCUAUUAUCCAUAGUGUUUCUUUCCAAUACAUCACCAACAAUUGAAAGUUAGCUAUAUUCUUGCAGUAUUUAAAAGAAAAAAAAACUAGAAAAAUUUGACUCCCCUCAAAAGAAAGCUGUUUUGGUUUCCUACACUACUGAUAUUUGAACCAGUAGAAAGAUAACUCAGAACUGAGUUAGGAGAAUAUAAUCUCAGCUCUUGCUUAAAUAUCACUCAUUCCUAUUUUUAAAAUUUGACCAAAAAUAAUUGUUAUAAUUGUUGUUAUUUUAAAUUUUGUUGCUGUAUUAAGACUGAAUGGCCUUGACACUUCAGUGGAUAGAUUUGUUAUCCUUUCACAUGUAAAUUAAUUGACCAACAUAUAAAUUAUUUUGUCAUUUAGACCCUCUGGUAUUAGAAGGAUAUCUUCCUUCUGAAACAUGAUACUUUCUCAUAUAUAUAAAAAAGUUAUCUCAUGAUUUUCAGAUCCCAUAGAAUCAAUUGUUAAAAGACUUCAGAAAGUCUAGCAUUGGGGCUGGAGCCAUAGCACAGUGGGUGGGGCAUUUGCCUUGCACGCAACUGACCCGGGUUCGAUUUCCAGCAUCCCAUAUGGUUCCUGAGCACCACCAGGAGAAACUCCUGAGUGCAUGAGCCAGGAAUGAACCCUGUGCAUCACUGGGUGUGAUCCCAAAAACAAAACAACAAAAAAAGUCUACCAUUUUGGAAAUGCAUCAUUCAAUUUAUUUACAAAGAAGAAUAUAACUGGAGUACUAAUGAAAUAUGUGCAAAAAUGUACCUGCUUUAAAAUACAGUUUGGGCUGGAGCAACAAUAAAUUAGGUAAGUAGGUAGCACACUUGCCUGGUGCAUGACCUACCCAGGUUCAAUCCUUGGCAUCCCUAAGACCUGCCUGGAGUGAUCCCUAAGCAGAGAGCAUGGAGUAAGUAAGCCAUUAGUAUUACCAGGUGUGAUCCACAAACCAACAAAAAUAAAUAAAUAAAAUACUUGGUUUCUUAAAAGAAAAUUUAAAAGGCAGGGGGAUGGGGGACACAACUUCUUUUAAAACCAUUAUUUCAGGCCAUAUUCAACUUCAUGGACCUUCUAAACAUGUUGAAUUUUCAAUUUUAUUUAAGGUAUUUUGUAUUGCUGUCUCUGACUGUCAUAGAAAGUUCUGUAAUUCUAUGGUGUUUCUGGUUUUAAUUUCAAUUUUUUUCAUCUGUACCACAGUCAAAUUGCUACCAUUUCCCACAUUCCUUGGGCUUUCUGUAGAUCAGUGGAUGUUAGGUUUAAACUUCUGUUUUCUUUGAUGAAGCUUUCAAUAAAAAAUGAGAAUAAAAUCAA